AUGGACUCGUCACCGCCGCGGACUGCUGUACCUGCGGCCAACGAGCCCACACUUCCACCUACAACAUCUGGUGCCGCUUCUCGUUCUUCAUCUUCAACUUUGGCUGGAACAAAACGGCCUGCACCUUCUUUGCUGCCUCCAUUUGAGCCUCUCUCUUCCUCACCAGCUCUGCCGCGUCCAUUGAAACGCCAACACACGGGAAAUGCACAGCUCAAGUAUCCCACGCCUGUGCCCACCUCGAGCACGGGCAUCCUGUCAAGCUCGCCGCCUCGUCGACCUGGUUUCGCCCGCACAACUUCUGAACGCGCACCUCUGUCGGCUGUGCCAGCUGUCGAGCUCCCUGAGAACGGAGAAAUUGUAGCCAUGGGCCGCUCUUCCAACUCGUCCCAGUUUCAACUUUCUGCUAACCGCCUGGUGUCGCGUGUGCACGUUAAAGCGCGUUAUAUCCCUGCUCCAAGCCCUCUGGAGACCAACAAGAUUGAGAUUAUCUGCAACGGGUGGAAUGGCCUGAAACUGCAUUGCCAGGGUCGAACGUGGGAGCUGUUCAAGGGCGACAGCUUUACCAGUGAGACGGAGGGUACUGAUCUCAUGGUCGAUGUUUUGGAUGCUCGUGUCAUGAUUCAAUGGCCCAAACGUGGAGGAGUUGUUGCCUCUGAGAACUUGGCAAACUUGUCUGAUUCAAGCUGGGAUGAUUCCCCUCCACGCCCACAGGUGCGAGGAAACUCGUUGUUGCAGUCGUCUCCUCUGCGAAGGACCACACGCAUCACCUCGCCGGAAAGCCCGACUCCCAUCGGCAGUUUGUCGAGCUCUCAGCGACUUCAGGCUUUGCUUCCAGGUGCUAUUGGUCGCGACGAGGGCAUUCAAAUCUACGAGGACGAGCCAGAGCUACCUGAGCCCAAGGGUGACACUCUUGACGUCGGCGUUAGUAUGCGGACUGAUGCCACGGUCAGUUUCUCCAGCGAGCUAAGUGAUCCGGAGGACGAGCAUGAUCCUGAUGAGGAAAACGACCCCAUUGUUCACUCGUUCGGUCCCUUUGGCGCCAACAUCGCUGGCAGACUGGCUUCCAUAUCGACACAGUCUCCUAAACAGCCUAAACCUCUUCAUCGACGGCCUCACAAUGUUUCUUCCACUGAGACGCUGAGCUCAACCGAGACUCCCUCCAUUCCGUCAUCGCCCAUCAAGAAGCGUGUUCUUGACUAUAAGCCUACACCCACAAAGAUCUUUGCUUCAGUCAAUGAGCCGCAUGAUAUUCCAUCGUCACCACCUGUGGCAUCCGUACCAUAUCAGCCCGAUGUUGUCAAAGAUGAUACUCCUACGCCCUCCAUCGAAGUCGACCCUGCUGUCACCAACCAUGUCGUGAACCAGCUUGCCUUUUCGCGUCUUUCAUCAACACCCCUAUCCACAAUCAUGCAAAACCUACCUUCAGAGCAAAAGACCGGCCUCACCAAGGAGGUCCUUCGCUCCAGCAUCGAAGCCACCCGCUGCAUCGGCAUAAUCAAGCGUCAGGGCAAAGACGCCGCCGGAAAAGCCCUCGAAAGUGAAUAUUAUUACGUACCCGAACAGGACGACGACGAGCAGCGUCGCGCAGCCGUUGUCGACGGUCUCCGCAAGCCUAGUCUCCGUAACUGCAGAAAGCAGCACAAGCAAUAUUAUUGGAAGCGUCCCAAGACGCCGUAA